GACUUCAACCACAAAGAACUUUCAUCAGCGUAAAAAAAGGCAUUCGCAAAGGAUUCAGAGUAGUAGAACAUUGUAUUCAAAUGACGAGAGCAUGAUAGAUACUAAUAAGUUUAAAUUUUAUUUUGAGCAUCUAUGGGAAAAUUUAUCUGAAGAAAAUAGGAGGUCUUCUAUAUGUCUUGAUUCUUUAUGGUUUUCUAUGUACAAGAGCAAGGUGACAAAGGACAAGGCAACCAAACAUUGAGAAGCCUUUCAUGUUACUAUUAGAUUCACUUCAUCAAGCAAAUCCAAAGAGGUUGGAGCCGGAUAUAAGAAGAUUUGUAUUGGACAUUUGUCGAACUGAGGCAAGAGAUGAGAAUAAAGCGGCUAUAUCAAAGAUUCCUCUUCUUAUUCCCAAUGUUCCGCAACAAAGAAAUGGUGUGGAUUGUGGCAUCUUUGUUCUCUACUACAUAUAUUUAUUUGUCCAAAAUGUCCCUACAAAUUUUGCUUUAGAUGGCUACCCAUAUUUUCUUAAGGAAGAUUGGUUUUGUCAAGAUGACAUAGAAAACUUUCGGACAGAAAUUCAAUUUUUUGGAUCUUCUAGUGCAACAAAGAAAAAUUGCAGAGGUGUGACACGAGGAUAUGAUUUGCAAAAGUUGGUGAAAAUAACAAAAAAUAAGCUUCCUAUUUAUAUUGAUAUAGAUCAAGGUAGACCAUUAGACCGGGUUCAAUCGGCAAAGCUAUCAAAUGAGUUGGGUGUUAUUGCUCGGACUUAUUUACCUUGUCCACGAUCAUUCAAGAAACUUGACUGGAAAGAGCACAUAAAACCAUCAUUUGAGCGUCUUAGGAUGAAUUUGGAUGUUAUUGACAUCGAGACAAAUCCAAGGAUAGCUGAUUGUGUAGUUGCUAUAUUGAAAAAUAGAAUUAGAGAUCAUCGUCAAUCUUUAAAUAAGUAUUAUUUGAGUUUUUCUGAUUAUGAGGAUGCAAGGAAGAAAAAACCUAAUGAGUUUAUUACUCAAGCGAAUUGGGAGGAUUUGUGUGAUUAUUGGGAUAAUGAUAAAAACUAA